AAGACAAAUAGGAAAAGGGAGAGAGGAAGACUAUCCCAGGGUGGUGUAAGUACUCUCCCACCCCCUUCCUUUCCUCGGUAGUCGUCCUCCCUCCAGUGUGUCCCUGGGGUCCAGACAGGGGAGGGUCUAGGCAAAGGCACGGGAACAGGAUCACAUGCCCUAGCGUCCGGUCCUAGGGCACACACAGGCAGAAGGCGGCUCGCGGUUUGUCCAUUCUCCUCCAUCUCUCCUCUCCUUGGCUUUUGUGUUGGUGCCUCGGAGCUGCAAGGAGGGUGCGCUGGAGGAGGAGGGGGCCUAGGGUGAGAGGCACCCCCUUCACGCGCGCGCGCACACACGUUGCCGGCGCACGCACACACGGGCGGACACACACUCACAGACACGCACACACACGCACAAAGCUCGCUCGUCUCGAGCGCACUAACGUGGCCCUUUCUUUGUGUGGAGCCCUCGAGGGGGGUUGGGGCCCCAGUCCGGUCCCGGGAAAUGGCGCAGCCCAUCCUGGGCCAUGGGAACCUGCAGCCCGCUUCAGCCUCUGGCCUAGCAUCCUUGGAGCUCGACUCAUCGCUGGACCAGUACGUGCAGAUUCGCAUCUUCAAAAUCAUCGUGAUUGGGGACUCCAACGUGGGCAAGACCUGCCUGACCUUCCGUUUCUGUGGGGGAACCUUCCCAGACAAGACUGAAGCCACCAUCGGUGUGGAUUUCAGGGAGAAAACCGUGGAAAUCGAGGGCGAGAAGAUCAAGGUUCAGGUGUGGGACACAGCAGGUCAGGAACGCUUUCGUAAAAGCAUGGUUGAGCAUUACUACCGCAAUGUGCAUGCAGUGGUCUUUGUCUAUGAUGUCACCAAGAUGACCUCCUUCACCAACCUCAAAAUGUGGAUCCAAGAAUGCAAUGGGCAUGCUGUGCCCCCACUAGUUCCGAAGGUGCUUGUGGGCAACAAGUGUGACUUGAGGGAACAGAUUCAGGUGCCCUCCAACCUAGCCCUGAAAUUUGCUGAUGCCCACAACAUGCUCUUGUUUGAGACAUCAGCCAAGGACCCCAAAGAGAGCCAGAACGUGGAGUCAAUUUUCAUGUGCCUGGCUUGCCGAUUGAAGGCCCAGAAAUCUCUGUUGUAUCGAGAUGCUGAGAGGCAGCAGGGGAAGGUGCAGAAACUGGAGUUCCCACAGGAAGCUAACAGUAAAGCUUCCUGUCCUUGUUGAAACCAAAUGUUGUAAAUACAAAUUAUCACUGGAGUUUUUUCUUUCCCUUUUAAUGUGCCUGCAUAAUGCUGACACCUGCUUGUUUCCAUACAAAUUGAUAUCAAAAUAAAAUUUGUAUAGAUUA